UCCACUCCUCCCGCUGGCCUAGGUCGUGUCUUCAGUCCUCUGGGAUUAUUUCUUCGUUCGCUCGUCCUUCACGAUUUGCAGCCUCCACGAUGAAGAUGGACGAGACUCUUCGUAACUUGGUCCUGGUACAUGAGAUCGGACGAAAAAACAAAUUCAGCGUGGCUGUUCUCCUGGCCUCCACAGCAGCCGUGACGGUCGCCAUCAGUAACAAACCCCCUUCCUUAAGCACGUCGAACAUCGGGGAAGCAAAGACGACGGCUGGCAAAGUGAAGACGAACAGAAGGCCGCGCCUGGAGAUUGCCUGCUCCGCCAGCGCCUCCCCCAUCGCCUGCACCAACGACGCCAAGUGCCCAGCCUCCAGGAAAUGUUGUUUCGACUCUUGCAAACAACGCCAUGUCUGCCAUCUUCCUUCUCCUUUGUAAUGUCAUCUUCACCAUCAUGUCUUCGCGUUAUCAUGUUUCAUCCUGCACUGUCAACAUCAUGUCUAUAGGUUGUCAUUAUUCUAUCCAUCUCCCGUUGCCACACCAUGCUCUCUCUCUCCUCUUCGCAUUUCUAUAUAAGUAAUAUGCGAUUUUCCUCCUCACGAGAGCGUGUUGCUUGUGACAAAGUGUACAAAGAAUUGUUUUUUUUUGUGUGUGUGUGAAGUAAGUCAGGUACGUUGUGUUUUGAAGCAAGUGAAACAUCAUUUAGUGCCUCAUAUCCGAAAUGAUUUAGUUUGUAUCGUAAUAAAUAUUUAUUUAUCA